UAGGGAAGAAUGGCCCCAGAGAAUGACUCUUCAGUGACUGAGUUUAUCCUGCUGGGUUUAACACAGAAGCCAGAACUCCAGCUGCCUCUCUUUUUCAUUUUCUUGGCAAUUUAUGUGGUCACUGUGGUGGGCAACGUUGGCUUGAUUAUUCUUAUUGCUCUGAACCCUCACCUGCACACUCCCAUGUACUACUUUCUCUUCAACCUUUCCUUCAUUGAUCUCUGCCACUCCUCUGUCAUUACCCCUAAAAUGCUGAUGAGUUUUGUGAGCCAGAACAUCAUCUCUUAUGCAGAGUGCAUGACUCAGCUCUGCUUCUUCUCCUUCUUUGUUAUUGAUGAGUGCUAUAUUUUGACGUCAAUGGCCUAUGACCGCUACGUGGCCAUCUGUAAGCCCCUGCUCUACAAGGUCUCCAUGUCCCAUCAGGUCUGCCUCAUGCUGAUGGUGGGUGUAUACGCGAUGGGGCUUGUGGGUGCCGUGGCCCACACUGGGUGCAUGCUGCGACUCUCCUUCUGCGAUGGAAACAUCAUCAAUCACUACAUGUGUGACAUUCCUCCUCUCCUCCAGCUCUCCUGCACAAGCACCUCCAUCAAUGAGCUGGUGGUUUUCAUUGUGGUGGGCGUCAAUGUCAUAGUGCCCAGUGUCACCAUCUCCAUUUCUUACACCUUGAUCCUCUCCAACAUCCUCCACAUCCGUUCUGCAGAGGGCAGGUCCAAAGCCUUCAGUACCUGCAGCUCCCACAUAAUCGUGGUUUCUAUUUUCUUCGGAUCAUCUGCAUUCAUGUAUCUCAAGCCUUUUCCUGCUGGGUCUCUGGAUGAAGAUAAAGUGUCCACAAUUUUUUACACCAUUGUGGGGCCAAUGGUGAAUCCUUUCAUAUACAGUUUGAGGAACAAAGAUGUCCAAGUUGCACUGAGUAAGACUUUGAGGAAAAGGGUGUUCUAA